ACGGAGCUGGACCCUUGUGACUCCCAGCGUGUGGCUGAUACAGUUACCUGCAGGACAGUGAACUACUGAGGCUGCAUUUGUUACUUGAACAUUAAGAGACUAGCAGUUCGGUCGUUCACUGUGCUGGCUGGAUUUGCUUGUGUUUGUUCUUAGGCACUGCUCAUGUAAUGCACUCCCUUAACCAGGAAAUUAAGGCAUUCUCCCGGAAUAAUCUCAGGAAGCAAUGCACCAGGGUGACAACGCUAACUGGAAAGAAAAUUAUAGAAACAUGGAAAGAUGCCAGAAUUCAUGUUGUGGAAGAAGUAGAGCCGAGCAGUGGGGAAGGUUGUGGUUAUGUGCAGGACCUUAGCCUGGACCUGCAAGUUGGUGUUAUUAAGCCAUGGUUGCUCCUGGGGUCACAAGAUGCUGCUCAUGAUCUGGAUACACUGAAAAAGCACAAGGUGACUCAUAUUCUCAAUGUUGCAUAUGGAGUUGAAAAUGCUUUCCUCAGUGACUUUGUAUAUAAGAGUAUUUCUAUUUUGGAUCUACCUGAGACCAAUAUCCUGUCUUAUUUUCCAGAAUGUUUUGAAUUUAUUGAACAAGCAAAAAUGAAGGAUGGAGUGGUUCUUGUUCACUGUAAUGCAGGAGUUUCCAGGGCUGCUGCAAUUAUAAUAGGCUUCCUAAUGAAUUCUGAAGAAAUCUCAUUUACCAGUGCUUUUUCUUUGGUGAAAAAUGCAAGACCUUCCAUAUGUCCAAAUGCUGGUUUUGUGGAGCAGCUUCGUACAUAUCAAGAGGGCAAAGAAAGCAAUAAGUGUGACAAAAUACAGGAAUUAGAAGAAACAACAGUUCCUGAGUUACAUUCUAGCUGAUGAUGGACAACUGUAAUUUCUGAGUUGGUCUCUAGAGCCACCUUUCCCCUUUUUGAGAGUAAACUAGUAGAAACUUCCUUCUCUCAUGCUUUUUUCAAGUGGAAAUAGAGGUCAAUUGAUUGUCCUAAGUUAAGGUAAAAAUAAAUUUUUUAAAUUAUAUCAUGUUUUCUUUAGUAUUAUAAUAUGUGAUUAAAUGCUUCUUUGAUUUGCUAAGGGAAAAUAACAAUGUAUUACCAAUAAUUGAUUUCUGUAGAAAGAAAAGGUUUAAAUUUAAAAUCUGUAUUAAAGCAUGAAAGAUUAAAUUAGUUGAUUAAAACUUUUGGUAGUUUUCUAUUCCAGCAACUGUUUCCAUGAAGGAAAAAACUUGAAGUGCUACUUGACUUACUAUUUCAGAGGGAGGUAAAUUUCUUUGUGAAGAAUUUAAGAUUAAAAAACAAUACCUUAAACCUCCCAAAAGAGGCAACCAAAAUCUGAAGGUUUACACAAUAUUUAUGUAGCAGUUACAAUAUUCACAAGAUUUUUAUGUCCUUUUAUGAAAAUGUACCCACUUUUCAUUUUGAUUCUUUAAUUUAACUGUAUACCCGGUGUUUAUUUUUAAAGUUUUUUGUAUAGCUAUUCUCUCUUACUUUAUUGUGAGCUUAUGGUUCUUUUAUUAGGUGAUUAGUCUCUUACAUUGUAUGCUUUUUAUUCUGGGUCCCUAGCAUUCUGUUUUUGCGUCUGACGUCAUAAUUAUCUGAUCUCCUUGGAUCUGUGGGAAAGUGUUUUAUACUAAAAAAUCAUUUUUAAAAUGUGGUUUGAUUAAUGAUCUGUUUUCUAGUUCAGUAUUCUACUAGGGAACAUAUUUUUAAGGAAAGAACAGUUAUGGUUUUGUAAGAAAUUUUACAUACAUUUUUAAAAAGCCCAAAAUCAUUAACAAUUUUAUUUCUGGCCAGAGGCUUUGAUUAGUUUUUUUUUUAUUAAGUCUCCAUAUUAGCAAGGCUGAACUCUGUACGUUAUGAAUUUGCUUAAAGAUAUUCUUUUAAUUAUUCAAAAUGUACUUAAAAUUAAUUAUAAUAAUUAAGAUAGAAUUUAUUUAAUAGCUUUCAAGUAGACUUUCAAGACUUAGAAAAUAUCAUUGCCCUCUAGAUUUUAUUAAGAAAGUCCUGAGCUCUUCUUAAUUACACAUUAUAGAGAGCAAGCAUUUUCCUAUACAUAAUUUGGAAAGUGCACACUGAGCACAUCUGUGCAUUUGAGAAAGCAGGCUUUCUUAUGCUGCCAGGAGCAAAAAGUAGAGAUGAUAAAUGCAAAUUAUGUUUCAAGAUUGCUUAUAGCCUGACAAGAUGCCAUCAUAUGCAAAGCUAUGAACUUUGCUUCUAUUAAGAGGCAGCAUAAAUGUAAUCAACCUUCUGUGAGCUGUUUGAAGCCUAACAAGGCAGACAGAAUCCUCUUAAAUAUGAGACUGGUGUAUAAUACUGUCUUUAUGGUCAAUAUUGCUGAGGGUUUGCUGGGUGAACCUUUUCCAUUCACAUGAAAGCAUUUAUUUAAAUACAUUUUCCUUUGUUAUUGCUGUUUAGUUUUCAGCCAUUAAAUGUUGUGAAUAUGAAGCCUUAAAUUGAACUUAUUCCUUAUGGAUAGUUUAUUAUUUUUGUCUGUAGUUUGCAUAGUUUUUUCCUGUAGUGAUCUGGUUACAGUACAAACAUAUAUCUUCUGUAUCAUCUACAGAAGUGCUUUGAGCAUCAAUUUUGUUUUCUCUUAACUGAUAAUAGUUUGCUGUAUGUAAAAUAAAUCAGUAAAGGUAAUUGUCUUUUAAAUUAGGGGUACUAUGUAAGGCAAUGAUGGGUCAUACAUGGAGCAUGUUUAUUGGGCUUCUCAAGGAUAUGUCGCUGUGUCAUACCUAGUUAUUUAUAAAAAGGAAUUUUAUCAUUAUGAUUCUCUGUCUCACAUAUUAUAAACAGAUCUCAAAUAUUCAUCUGUUUCAAGGGAGUGGAAAAAGUAUUUCAAGGAUUUUUGGCCUCUAUAUUAAAAUAGAUUUUCCUAUUUUAGAAAGUCCCCUUCAAAGGUAAUUUCUCCAAAGAUUCUGGAAUGUAACAAGUAUAAAUCAGAGUAUUGUCUUAAAACCUUACCCAGUGAAUUAACUCAAUGAAUUAACACCUUUAUAAGCAAGACCACAAUACAUUAAAAAAAAGCAAACAGAAAUGUAACACAGUUAAUUAAUUGAUUUUGUGAGUUUAGCUAGUUGCUUUUUCUGCCCAAAUCAUCCUGAACAUAUUUAGUCACCCUGUAGUUAUUUAAGAAUUUAAAGCAGAAGAUUUUAAAGUUUUAUAUUCUUGUGAUACUUACAGUGACAUUUUUUGAUUAACACAUUUAUGGUUCGUUGCCUUUGAUAUACUUUAAAAAAAGCUUAUAGUUAAGCUUUUCUACUUCAAGUGAAACUUUGACUUACUGUUUUGUAUCCAUAUUUAUAACGUGCCCCUUAUUGUUUCUAGGUAUUGAUAUACUUUAAUAAAAAUAAUAAAUUUACUAUUUCUUCAAUUAAUAUCUUUAAUUCUUUGAGGUUAUUUGUUUUAAAAGACAACAAUUAUUUGCUGUCAAAUCCUGGAUUAAACAAAUCUGUUGGCAAAACACAAAAUUAUACAUUUUGGAAUUUAAAUUAGUUUAAGGUCUGUGGAAAUUUGAUCCUCCAGCCACCUCAAGAAGUGAAAAGCUAAAGUCAGAUCUUGUAAUUGGAAUUACUGUGGAUAAAUUGGCAGUGAAAAUUCAAUAGAAUAUUCUAGUAGUUUAAGUCAAGAGAUACUGAAUUACUCUCAGACUAAACUGAGAUUUACUAUCUUAGUAAAGCCUUCCCUGACCACCUUAUUUCAAAUUGCUCCCAUCCCUAACACUUAUAUCUACCUUUCCUGUUUUAUUUACUGCAUAUCCCUAAUUAUCCCCCAAAUUUUAUAUAUAUAUAUAUAUAUAUAUAUAUAUAAUUAUUAUUUUUUUUUUGCAGUACACGGCCUCUCACUGUUGUGGCCUCUCCCGUUGCGGAGCACAGGCUCCGGACGCGCAGGCUCAGCGCGUCAGUUUUGUCAACAGUUUUGUUUUGCCUGGCAUCCUAGAGGGUGGAUUUCCAGCAAGUUCUUCCAUAUCUCUGCCAUUCAGUGAGCCAUAGCUUCACUCUGCAACAAGAUCCAUAUUUCAACCCUGGGAGUCUUCUUCCUUGAACACUCAUCCCCAGGGGUGGUGGCUGCUCUUUAUAUCUGCUAUUCCUAUGUUGUUUACUUCUUCCUUUCUUACCAAUCCCUCAUUACUCCAAUCUAUUAUGGUUAAUAAACUUUUAUAUCAAGCUUUUCUGGCCCAAGUUAUUGUGUAGUUUAUCUAUCCUGAUGGACCCAGACUGUCUAGCCUAUAAUUUACAGUCACAUUUUUUAAUAAUUGUCCUUGUGGAGUGUUUCUGAUAGCAGGUCAAGCUAUGUUACAACCA